AUUGCUGGCUUGUUUUAGUCGUCACAAUUUAAUACAAAAUUUGCAAACAACAUCAAAGGACGCGAAAGAAACACCACUUGAUAGCAUAUGUUACACACACUGCAGUGCGCUUGAGACAUACCUGUCUUUCUUAUGUUCAUCGGACUGAGAGCAUAAGUAGCUACACAGCAUGUGCUUGGUCCCUGCGUUUGAGAGGGUAGUGUGCUGUGCUGGUUGAUGGUGUAGGUUGAUUGGUUGAUACAGCUGAGAAACCUUUCGCCAAAGUUUAGUUUUUGCCUGUUUAGAUAAAUACAUCACAUAUCCGAAAAGUUCUGGCGUAGGCAUCUUGGUCCGUAUUCCUUCGAAAGAACCAGUGUACUAAUAGCAUUCAACUGGCCGGAUACCAUAUGUUUAUGCUGAAUUUGUAGCCAGUUCCAUUCAUCACUGCAGACAGGGUCUGCUUUUCGGUGCUUAGUUCAUAUCAAAUACCACAGCUCGCGAUGAAAGAUAAUAAAUCAAUAAGCAUGCCACGUAAUGUUCCCGAAUGAAGGAUAUUGUGAUUUGACGUAAAUUUACCAAUCCACAAAAAUCGGGAAGAAAAUAAUCAGAACUCCAGGAAACGAACGCCUACAUACUGUUAUAGAGGAUAAGGAUUCUAAGUGAAAAUUUGCUGCAAGUGCAGGCCAAAUCUACACACAAUCAGCAGCAGAUAAAUUUAAAAGCAUAAUAAAGGAUAAGAUGUCCUUGCCGUGUCGCUUGGUAUCCCUAUUGCUAGGAAUAGUUUUAAUUAUUCAAUCGAUCACGCUAACCGUUCAACAAAACGUAAUCUACGCUAUCAAUGCCGGUGGCGAUUCACAUGUGGACUCCCAUGGCAUUAAGUACGCCCGAGAUCCACUGAUGGGGAAAACGGGGACGGAAUCCGAUUACGGCAAGCAGUUGCUCAUGAUAAAUCGCGCCAAGCCCAACGAUGAACUGUUGUAUCAAACGGAACGCUACCAUCAUGAUACCUUUGGUUACGACCUGCCUCUUGCCGGGGAUGGAGAGUAUGUACUGAUUCUGAAAUUCUGUGAAGUAUACUUCAAUGCUCCAAACAUGAAGGUGUUUGACGUGCUGCUCAACAAUCGUCACAUGGUCGUAACGGAUUUGGAUAUAUUCUCACUGGUCGGCAAAGGUACAGCCCACGAUGAGUACGUUUAUUUCACCGUUUCCCGAGGAAGACUAUACUUCAAAGAAGAAGAUUCAGAAAUUCGGGGUGGCAAAGUGAAACUGGAGUUCCUCAAGGGCUACAAGGACAACCCGAAGAUCAACGCCAUUGUCCUUAUCAAGGGGUACGAUGAAGCGAGCUUACCUCGCUUGACGCCGUUAGUUAGCGAGCAGCCACCGCAAGAAAUACUUGGGGAUACCAUCCUGAACGAAGCGGCCCCGACAGGUGAUGGGGACGUGCAGACAGAUGCUAAAGCAAAGCAUCGGAAGACCAGUGGCCCAAAACAGCCAAAUCCUUACUCAUUGGACGAGUCGUCUAUGAUGUUGCCGGUAUUCAUAGCGAUUGGUGCUUUUAUUCCAUUACUGUUCUGUUUGUGUCGACUGUGAUUUUGUUGCAAGCAAGCUCAUCUUUGUUUCAUAAGUAGACAUUUAGGUACUCGCGGAUCUCGGGUUAAGCAAGAAGUAUGUUUGUUAAAAUAUUUUUAAUUAGCGGGCACAAGUUUUAAUGUCUCAGGUUUUAAUAGCCAGACCAGGAGGCGUAUGGAUUACGGCUUUCUACAUAAGGCUGGAAUGAAAAAGGCCAAAUGCUUGCAAGGUUGAAACAAGGAAAAAACAAGCCAGAAGAAGAGGGAAACAAAUCGUGUGAGACUCAGGCAAUUGUUGAACUGUCUGAUUACAGUUUUCUUUAAAAUAUUGUUCACUUUUCUUGUAUGGAAUUAGAUGCUCCGCGUUUGUUUUUACCAAUUUGUGGUUAUACGUACAUACGUCGAUUUGAAACUAAUAAUCUUCUUAUGUAGCCCACAGAUAGAAUAAAAUCUUUAAAACAAAUAUAUUUUUUGAUUGUGGCCGUAGCCGUAGAUUUCAGCCUUUUGUAGAAUACCCGAUUAAGCUGUAUUAGCUCUCAAAAGUAGGAGCAGUGGAUCGUGAAACAAUAAAUUGUGCUUAUUCUACGUCUCGGGUGACUCAAGAAUUAUCUAUUUCGACUAUUCUUACGUGAAACUGUUCAACUAUGCGAGGUAUCGACAAUUCUCACUCAAUUCGAAACGUCUCACCUCAUGCUAAACGUAGAAUAAGCACCAACAUAAUAUUUAAUAGAAAUGUUUUAACGCGGUUUCGAGGCUAUGAAGUUGCACGAAGGAUAAAAGUCCACAUCUUGAAAUAGCACCGAACUACAUGUGUGUUUAUUCCAAUGUUAUAUAAUCAAUUGUACAUAACUGUAAACGAAAUACUAAUGGUAUGUUUCGACAUUAUGUUAAAAUAAAAUUGAAUCGGCUCAAUAUCAAUGGCACUAGUUUACAAAAUGUAAAUUCGAGAACUACAGUUGUUAACCCAUAAAUUAAUUACAUAACAAAUGGAAAUUUCUAAUCUUGAUAAUUUUUUACAUGCAACCUCAAAAAAAUGUAAAUGGAACGUCACACCUCUAAAAGCGUGGUGUUGUUCAUGGAAAUUCCCUAAAGAUACCAAAGUUAGUUUUUAUGUUGAAUUCAGAAAUGUUGUCUUAAAUAUCUUACCCCAGCACACGCUGGCGUUCAAAUUCAUUGAGCUCUGACGAGAACGUGAAUUGAAUUUCUAAUCACUUUCAUCUAACUAAGAUCUAGCUUUUUUAUUCAAAUUUAAACUGUUAAACGCAACAAAAUUCAAGUUUUUUCACACUAAAAAAUCAAUAGUGAUAUUUCUGCUCUUUUUUGACAACUUCAAUUCUGGUAUCAACAGAAAAAUCGGCUUUCGUACUGAAACAGUGGACGCUUUUAUGAGCAUACCCAGUUCAAAAAUUAUGUAAACUAAUGUUAUUGUUCCCGGUAGCUCAAAUCACAAUCGAUUCUUACCAACUGGAGUAGCAUUAAAGUAACAUUACCACACAAAAUGCAUCAGCUGCUUGGCGAAAUUAACGCACAACAAUUCGUUAUUCAAGGUGCAGCUCCGUGUCGUACUUAUUUAAUUUAUCUCGCUAGGGUUGAAGUUUUCAAAGGCAUUAUAAAACGUGUAUACACAGUGAAAAGACUAAUACCAGGACACGUCUAAUAAUUUUAGGAAGUUUAUCAUUAUUGCAGUCACGUUUUUUGUGUAUUACAUGUAGUCUUAGGCAAUUCUAAUUAUUUUGUUUUAUUUAACGGACUGAGACUUUCCUGCGUAUAGAUAAGAUAUAUCAAUAAAUGGAUGAAAAGCAAAACAAUAAAGUUUAAAUGAUUAUGGUCUAUGGACGUAUUCGGAAUGCGUAGAA